AAACUUGAGUCCCUAAUUUAACACCGAAAGCGUCAACUUCACCGUACACGCAGUUGUCAGUCCAUUCUACCAUUGAUUCUACCAUGUAGAUUUUCUUUGUAGGAGACCAUGAUAAGUUGACCUUUUUAUCUCUGUAACUACUUGGCAACACUUACCGUAUGAAACUUUGGGAUACACUGUGACCUAGCCUCUGAGCACGUCAACCAUCCGUCUCCACCCUCGGAUUGCAUUAGAAUCCCGAAUCUCGUCCUAAUUUAGGUCGAUGAUGCUGACAUGAAGAAAAAAUCACACGAACGAAAUUUCAACGUUGCUCACCAAUUGGGCCUAAAAACUCUAUCAUCUUAAUUUGACUACUCUGUGCGCCCUGUAUUUCCACCAUCAUCUACCUACUCAUCCACCAACAACCAAUCGCUGACUCAACAUGGCAUUCCCAAAUCCUUCGCCUCCAGACAUCACCGUCACAAACCUAACCUACACCUUCCAAGACCACGCAACAGGAAUCCAUGACAUCUCCCUCUCAGUGCCACCGCGCAGCCGCACCCUCCUCAUCGGCGCCAACGGCGCAGGCAAAACCACGCUCCUGCGCCUUCUCGCGGGGAAGCGUCUCGCCCCCCGCGGCGGCAUUUCCGUCUCAGGCCUCGAUCCCUUCAAGGAUGGGCUCGAGGGAGUCACUUAUCUCGGUCUCGAAUGGGUCCUUAACCCCAUCGUGCGCACCGACAUCGGCGUUGCGGAGCUGCUGUCCAGCGUGGGCGGAGACGCGUACCCGGAUCGGAGGGACGAGCUGGUGGGGGUUUUGGAUAUCGAUGUAAGUUGGCGGAUGCAUGCAGUUAGCGAUGGGGAGAGGAGGAGGGUGCAACUUGCCAUGGGGCUGGUCAGGCCGUGGACUGUGUUGUUGCUCGAUGAGAUUACCGUUGAUUUGGAUGUGCUGAGCCGCGCGGAGUUCUUGGGCUGGUUGAAGCGCGAGACGGAGGUGAGGGAGUGUACGAUCGUGUAUGCGACGCAUAUACUAGAUAAUUUGGCCGGGUGGCCUACGCAUUUGGUGCAUAUGCAUUUGGGCACUGUCCGGGAGUGGGGCCCUACGGGCAAGUUUCUGGAUGAGACGGCGGGAGCGGUAGGGUCGGGGAAUAGUAGGCUUGGGGAGAUUGUAUUGGGGUGGUUGAGGGAGGAUUUGAAGGACCGGGGGCCUAGGAAUCAGAAGAAGAUGGGGACUGAGGGGUUGACGUACUCGACUGGUGGACUUGGGGGGUAUGGGCUGGAGUCGUCUGAGCCGAGGCCGUAAGAGGGUUAAGAAACAUCUUGGAUUAUGGAGGGAGGACGAUGGAGCGUGCCUACGAUAGGCCGGAUGAUGCACUUAACUUGCAUGAAAAGGUAGUGCGGAGAUAAACAAGAAGAAAAGGCAGGCAAGCAGAUGCUCAACGGACUGCAUAUGAUAGUACACGGCGUUUGGGUUUGAUCACCAGAAAAAGGGCGCACCGGAGUG